UUCCACUUCACAACUCAUUCCGUCCACAGCAUUAGCCAACAUGCGAGUCACAUUACUCUCAGUGGGCGUAUUCGCCUUACUCCUCAACGGAACCCUGGCCGCAACCACCGGUCUGGACACCCAGAAACACUUCGAAGACGACGACAGCCAACUCACCCCCAUCAACCGUAAGAAGAAGUCGACCACCACCACCUUCUGCGUCGAGAUCAGACCCAGUGGACCAUCCCAACGACCAUUCCAGGUAUGCGAGCCAGCCUACGCAGCGCCUGCACCAGCAUAUCCUCAAGCAGCCUACGCAGCACAGCCCUACGACGCCUCUGCCUACCCUAAACCUGAGUAUGCAGCUCCCAAACCAGGUUACGCAGCUCCAACCAAGCCAGCUUAUGCUCCAGCAGCUCCAGCCUAUCCAACCAAGGCUCCAGUUUACAAUGCUCCAGCCACCAAAGGAUAUACCUCACCCCAUGCAGCCUACAGCUCAUACCGCGCUGGAGAUGGUGACAACAGCAAGCACGACAGUUCCACCGGCCACCACACCCACAGGGCAACUGAAGAGAGCAAACCCGAGGACAUUCUGAAGUCUGAGAACGAGGAGAUGGACACGAUGAGGAGCGCUGAAGAAGAUGCCAUGAUGAACACCAUCGAGGUCGACGAGGGUACCAUGGCCAGGCUAAGCGAGGACGAGGAUGAAGAUAUGGAAGAACACAUGAGAUCUGCCUAUGAUGGAGGUUACGGUGGUGGAUACGGAAUGCCCCCUGCCUACAUGCCUGCCCCCAAAGGAAAGAAGUUGAAGAAGGGAGGUCACGGAGGACUUGUGAUCACUUGCCAACCCAACCUCGCAGGAUACGCCCCAGCAGGCCCUCAUUAUGGUGGAAGUUAUGGAAGUUACAGAGCUUCAGCUAGGUCCUACGGUUAUCCAAGGCCUUACGGAUAUCAACAGCCCAGCUACAAACCUCCAGUUUACUCUACUCCUGCUUAUCAGACUCCAGUGUAUAAGGCUCCAGCUUAUACUCCUCCAGCGUACAAAGGACCAGUUUACAAACCAACCUACUCAGCUCCAGCAUACAAGGCCCCGACUUAUCAGGCACCUGCACCUUACUCACCACCAGCCUACAACGCACCCAGUUAUGCUCCUCCAGCUUACAAGCCUCCCCAGGCAUAUCAACAGUACAAAGCACCAGCACCAAUGUAUGGCCAGCUUGAUGUCGCCCCUCCACAGUACAAGGCUCCUCAAUACCAAGCUCCAGUGUAUAAACAGCCAGCUUACACUCCACCCCAGCCUUCUUACAAACCUCAAGCGUACAACCCACCUGCACCUGCCUAUCCUCCACCACCAUCUUAUAAACCUGCUGCUUACCCAGCACCAGCUCCAGCUUACAAACCUCAACCUCCUCCGUAUAGCCCACCAGCUUACAACCCACCUGCACCUUCCUAUGCCCCACCUCCAGCUUAUAAACCCGCCGCUUACCAAGCUCCAACUUACAAACCCCAACCAGCUCCUGUGUACAGCCCACCUGCACCUUCUUACCAAGCACCAGCUCCAGCACCUUCUUAUUCUGCACCAGCACCAGCGCCAACCUCAAGUUCUUACCAAGCUCCAGCACCAGCUCCAUCCUACAAAGCUCCAUCUGCUUACAAACACCCAGAACCCUCUUACUCUGCACCUCAACAAACCUACUCCGCUCCACCAGCAUACAAAGAGCCUAGUUAUCCUGCUCCUUCUUACAGUCCUCCUCCAAAGUACACUCCCCCACAAACCUACAGGGAAUCAGAAGGAGAGGCUGAGAAGAUGGACUCUAAGCCUGAGAAGAUGUCAAACGAGGCGAAGGAAGCUCACACUAUGAUGAAGAUGACGGAGAUGGAAAAGAAGAGGUCAGGAUCUGAGUGGAACUCAAGGACUGAAGAUCACAAAGAAGGAGAUGAGACUGAGAUGAAGACCAAGGCCAGAGCCAAGGAAGAAGAGAUGGCAACCGCCACUGACAUUACUUCUAUGGUUGCCAGUUCUUGGAGCGAGGGAGGUAGUGGAGGCAACUGGGAGGCCAGGAGAUCUUCAGGAGAUGCUGAAGAAACGAUGAAACGUAGUGAAAAUGAUACUGAAUAAUGUUUGUAGUUGUAGAUUGCUCAUUUUGUACUUUUAUAUUUGAAUAAAUAUGUUUUGAAUUAGUA